AUGAAACAAAUAGCGAAAAACUUUCUUUUAGUUUUUGUUUUGUUACUUAAUUUAGCAGCAAUAUCUUAAACCUAGUCCAUCGAUGUUUCUAUUAAUCUGUAAUAGAAUGAAUAUAAAGAGAUAGAUUUAUCUGAAUAUUUUGGCGUUAUUUAAAAACCCUUUUACCUUUACACAACUUAGAACAUUAAUGGAGUGAAAUUAAUUAAUCCAUUAGUUUUUUAAAAUCAAAAAUAUGAAGAAGCAAACUUCUAAAAGUUAGAUUCCUAAGUCAUUUUUCAAACAAAUUGUACUUACUCUGUUAGAAUUGGUGUAAAAAUUUAAUAGGAUGCAUCUUAAAAUACAGUAUUCACGAUAGUUGUAGAUGAAAUUUAAAAUAUACAAUAAGUAAUUACAAUUAAUAAUCUAAAUUCAUUUUAAAUUGCUAACCCUUAUUCCACUUAAAUGAAUAACAUCAGAAUACAAAUUUUGAAAACAUAUUAUAGAAAAAUAUUCUUAGUAAUUGAUUCAAACUAACCAACACUUAUUUACAGUAUCGAUUCAAAUAUGUAUAGGUAUAGUUAGGUAGAUAUAGAUUCAAAAUUAAUAAAUUACUAAGGUCUUUAAGCUUAAUUGAGAAAUUAAGAUACAUAUAGUUAAGGGUUUUGCUUUUAAUUUGGAAUCUAAAAGCCAUCAAUUGCUUUUUCAGAAGAUACUGAAUAACAAAUUAAACUAAAGAGUUAUUUAUACAACCCUUGUGGCGAUAAUUACUAUAAUAUAUAAUAUAUUGAAAACGAUGCAUUUUAUUUAGUCAAGUGCACUUUAUAAACAGGAAACUUUUUCUUUGGUGUAGCGUAUUACUUAAAGAAAAAUUUUUUUGAUGAAAUUUAAUUUGUUAAGAGUGAUUAAUAUUUUGCAAACAAUGUCUAAAAUUAAUAGAGUUAAAUAAAAACUAUCACUAAGACAGUUAAUAUUAACCUUAUUUAUGUUCUAGAACUUUAUUCAGAUACUGCAUUCAAUUAAAUGAAACUGUAUAAGGUUAAGUUUUAUUAAGACACAAACAGUUUAUAAGUAGAGACAAUAAAUUUCUAAACUGAUUUUGAUUUGAAUUUUGAUUUCGGUGUUUUCUUUAUACAAAAUGAUUUGAUUGCUGCUGUAACAAAAAAAUAUAUUUUAGGUUUUUCUGUGCUUAAAGGAAGUCUCGUUUAUAAAUUCGAGCUAGAGAGUAUUCCAAACUUAAGCUUAAUUGAUGUGAGCUAAGUAUUUAGUACAUUAUUAUUCACAUAUGUAAAGGAUACAAACCCAACUAUGUAUGAAACUUAUUAAGUUAAUUUGUCCCUACCUUUGAUGACUAUUGACAUGACAUAAAUCAUAGCUUCUCCCUUUUAUUUUAGUGUCAGAGAAUAGGAAAACCCAUUUCAAUAAAUAAUCAAUUUCAAAAUUUAGACUUUAAGCUCUACCUAACCAACCACAACCCUAACACUGAAUUAAUUAAACAUUUAUUAAGUGAUUCAGUAAAGCAAAGGUAAUCUGCAAAAUUUAAAUUUAGAAAAGUACAUAUUUGGUUCUAAUUUAGAAUUAAAUGUUAACUAACAAAGCACUAAUGACAUUCAAAUCAAAUAUGAAAUGAUAAAACCAGCUCAAUUGAUUUCAAAAGUGUAACUUGAAACAAAGGACUUAUUAAAUUUAUCAUCAACAUACAUAAAAGAUAUAUAUAUCGGAGUUUACUAGGCCAACGAUGAAUAAAAAUCAUACAAUAUUAAACUUCUCAAAUUAUCUGCAGAUUCUGAUAACAUAAAUAGCUUUAAAAUAAUUGAUGAAGUAAGUACUAACAAAGGAAAUAUAUAAUAAGACAUAAAUGGAAUCAUAUGCAUCACCGUUAAAUAACUUGUUUAGGUCUUCUUACCAAUAUCAUAUAAUGAAAAUUAUAUUUUAGGAUCAAUUAUCUAUUAAGACUCAAGUAAUUUUCAAAGUUUUUCUUCAGAUCCAAUCAACAAAUAUAUAUUUAUGUCAUACGAAUUAUAUGUAAUGGUGUUUGCAUACCUUCCUGAGAAAAUUAACUCAUAAAGCAGAUAUAUGAAUUAUGUUUAGUCAAAAAUAAAUGGAUAAAGUAAAUCUUUUUAAAGCAUAUAAUAUAAUCCAUAUAAUAAUAUAUUAUACUUUACAGACAACAAAAUAAUAUAUUCCUAUAAUUAUUUCAAUUAAUACUAGAGCCAAUAAAUACAAAUCCCUUAUGGUUCAAAAUAAGAAUUAAAUAGGAAUGUCAUUUUAUUAUUCUCAUGCUUUGUUGUCUUUAGACAAUACUCAGAUAAUACUUAAGAAAUUAGUAUUUACAGUUAUAAUGACUAAAUUAGCUUUAGCAAUAUUGCUAUUGAUCCUUAGUAUUUGAGAUCACUUAAUGGAUUAGGAUAUACACUAUAGAUUUCUAACUUUUUGAUGAUUCGAAAAUCUGCUAAUAUUUUUAAUAUGCAGGAAUAUAUUGCUAUCCCUGCAACAAGCUCAAAUAACGAUAAAGUUUAUUUAAUCUUUAGAAUGAACUAAGUUAAUUCACAAAACCAGCUUUACUGUGCUAUUCCUGCAGAUCCUAAUUUCUUUAACAUAUUUCUCUUUGGAAAUGAGCUUAUUGGUUUUAUCAACACUUAAACAGAUGCUCCUUCACUUUCAUUUUACAAGUUUUCCUAUUUCAUUUAAAUAUCUAUGAAUUAUCAAAUUUAAGAUCAAAAUUUUAACUCAGAUAUUUUUUUUUCUACAUCUGCAUAGAUUUAAGUAGUAAAUAGUCAAAAUAACCUCCGAAUAUUAGAUUCAGAUAGUUUAUAAAUGAACAUGAAUCUUAACCUCUAAAAAGAUCUAACAUCAUAACAAGGAUAUAUCAAUAAGCAAUCAAAUGGAGUUUUAUCACUAUUAAAUUAUUUUGACUCAUAAAACUUGAAAUUUAAUGAUCUCUACUACUUCAACGAUAAUAACGUUUAUUCCGGAAAUUUCCUAGGUUGGUAGAUUGCCUACAGCUUACCUCAGCUAAAUUUGCAAAUAUAUCUUCAAAAUAGCUUGAUUGGAAAAUAUACUAAUGGAAUGAAUGCAUAUGAUACUAUCUUAUUUGGAGAAAUUAUUGUUUUGACCUACCAAAACAAGUUGAUCUUCAAAAAUGUUUUUAGCUUGAAUCUUGGUGAAAAUUUAGAUUACUGUUAUUUAUAAACAGAUGAAUCUUCAAUUUAGGUCACAUUAGAUCCUAUUACCAAUAAAAAUAAAAUAGUAUAAACAUUUUUUACUCUAUGUUAGAACAAUUAAAAUUCUUCAACUCAACAAUUUAAUCGAAUAACUGUUUUAUAAUAACCUUAAAUGUACAGCUAAGAUCCUGAGAUUUAGAUAAUAGCAAAUUAAUCUUGGAUAUCUACUUCUAUCCAAUUUGAUAAAAACACACAAAUCUUAAAUAAAAUUUUUAAUGAUCCUAAUUUAGGGCUUAUCGCUUCAAUCCAAUAGCUUUAAACUAUAGGAUAGUCUAUGUGUUAAAUAAAUCUUUCAGAGCAGGAGCAAGGGCCAUUUAGUUUUGAUUGUUCAGUUUAUGAAACUAUGAGUGCUUUAAAUAUAGUUUAUACUAUGUGGAGUAAUCAAUGUGAAUCUAAUAUUUUCUUUACUUAAGAAGGGUUAGCAUAUUAUUAAAUUUCAAAGACACUUGAUAAGUUCUAAGUAAUAAAUAUCAAAAAUAUUUUAUAUAGUUAGAACCAAAAUGUAAAUUAUACUAAUCAAGUCAUAAAAGCGUAUAGCAUCUCCAAGAUAGACUCAACAAAAGUUAUUCUGGGUUUUAAUAAUUUUAGUAUAUUUGAAGUAAAUAUCAUUUUUAAUAAAGAUAAGAUAUUUGAAAAGUUAACAUCUACCCAAUAUUUUACAGAACCUAAUUAUAUUUUUGCUGGCUUCGCUAGCUAAUCUAGUGACCAAGGAUAAACUAUACUUGCUAUGUAUAGUCUUUAAGAAGAGUAAAGCAUAACAUUUUUCUAUUACUAGACUACAUAACAACUCUACACUGUCAAAAAUUCCUUUAAAUAUUAACUUGUUGAUCCACUUUCUCUAAAUGGAUAAAUGAAAAUAUUUUUUGUCAAAUAAAAUUGUUAUUUUUUUAUGAACAUUAAAAAUGAUAAAGUAGGAAGUAUCGUAGAAAUAAGCUACACUGGAAAAAGCUAAAUAAUAACACGUAGUUUUAACACAACAAAUAGUUUUGAUUAAAUAGGAUUCUACUUAACACCUUUAGGAGUUAAUUCUAAUUAGAAAACUACUUUACCUGUUUAAGUAAAAACAAGUUAAGUAACCAACCUCUCACAACAGAAAAUAGAAUUUUUCUUAUCCUUAAUACUCAUAGGAUCUAUCAUUUUGUGA